AAUAUGAUCGCCCGAGCAGCUGUAAACGUAGUUCCUUAUCGAGGAAACCAUGAUCGAAUAACAAACUUGUUAUCAUCUGAAUUUCUGGAAAAUGUGCUAAGAAAUUAGAUAGAAUUAGGAUGUGAGGACAAGAGGGAUAUGUUGCAAUCAGCAUAGUAUGGGAAAAUUCCACCCACCCCCACCCAAACUCAAGAAAAAACUUGGAUUGGGUUGGCACAUUAGUUGACCAAGUCUGAAAAGUACUGAACGUGGUGAUUCCAUAAAAACUGAACAACGAACUUUUGCCGUUCGUUAAAUAAAAAGAGAUAGCGUGUAAACCGCUUAAAAAUAGUAUGCACUCUCAAGCUAGAGAGUACGAAGACGCUUCUCGAUCUGGAAGGAAACAGAGUGCUCGAAGCAUGCAGAACAGAACAGGCAGUUCAGCUGGGCCCAUGAUGGUGGGACCAAACUUUAGAGUGGGCAAAAAAAUUGGAUGUGGAAACUUUGGCGAGUUGAGACUGGGAAAGAAUCUGUACAACAAUGAACAUGUGGCAGUGAAAUGUGAGCCGAUGAAAUCCCGAGCUCCCCAGCUACACCUGGAGUACAGAUUCUAUAAACAGCUUGGACAAGCGGAGGGUGUUCCUAAUGUGUAUUAUUUUGGACCAAGUGCUAAAAACAAUGCAUUGGUGAUGGAAUUACUGGGGCCAAGCUUAGAGGAUUUAUUUGACAUCUGUGACAGAAAAUUCUCCCUCAAGACUGUUCUAAUGAUAGCCAUUCAACUGAUUUCAAGGAUGGAAUAUGUGCAUUCAAAACAUCUGAUUUACAGGGACGUGAAACCUGAGAAUUUCUUAAUCGGACGCCAGUCCACGAACAAGCAACAUAUCAUACAUAUUAUAGACUUUGGUUUAGCCAAAGAGUAUAUAGACAGUGAAACACACAAACAUAUACCUUACAGAGAACAUAAAAGCCUUACCGGUACCGCGAGGUACAUGAGUAUAAAUACACAUUUAGGAAAAGAACAAAGUCGGAGGGACGACUUAGAGGCGCUAGGUCACAUGUUCAUGUAUUUCCUGAGAGGAAGUUUACCGUGGCAGGGACUAAAGGCUGACACGCUAAAGGAACGUUACCAGAAGAUCGGGGAUACAAAGAGAGCUACACCUAUAGAAGUCCUGUGUGAAAACUUCCCAGAGGAAUUUGCUCAGUAUUUGCGGUACGUUCGGCGACUGGACUUCUUUGAGACGCCGGACUACGACUAUCUGAGACGACUGUUUACUGAUCUCAUGUACCAGAAGGGAUACGAGUGUGACUGGGAUUUUGACUGGGUGGGCCGACAGGUGAGUAAGUCCACACCGGUACCUAUUCCCUCCCAGGACCCUAUUGGACCCUCCAAGACAAACGAGGGAGCACCAGGAAGACACCCACAACCAAAGAAGAGUAAACAAAGGGCUCAUGAGCCCGGUACAAAUCAAAGGGGGCUAGCAUGGGGCGAGAGUUCCCGACACAACACUGGCUAUCUGGGUGCCAACCUCGCACCGGAUAGACAUGGGGGCUCAGUACAGCCCUAUCAUCCCAUGCUUAUGUCACAUGAUUCGGUUCUUAAUUCUAACAACGGUGAUGUGAACACAGAAGAUAACAAUGACAUGGGACAGCACUCUACGCUACAGCUCAGUAAAGAUAGACAGGAGGAGGACAACAGUGAAACAAAAUGCUGUUUUUUCCGUCGACGCAAGAAAAAGAAGACGACACGUUAAUAAAGUAUCCAUACUUCAUGUACAGCCAAUUAUUUUCAAGGAAAUUUUGUUACUUCAGUCUUUUAUGAGUGACGAUUUUAUUGUUGCCAUGUCUGGUAUUCUUUUUCCCAGUUUUAAAUUGCAAUAAGAAAUGGAGGACUGAGUCUAUUGUUAAGUGAAUGUGUGCAUUUUAACAGCUAGGACUAGAGCUGUAGGAGGAUGUGACGUGAAUGCCGGCUCUUUUAGUGUCUUGAUACAUGUGUUACGUUUUAUUGUAUUGUCAUUAUUUAUAUUCUGAUUCCACUGAACUCUGUGUGAUGGAGGAGACUUGUUUUGUGAUGGGUCAAGUGAAUUUGACCCCCAUACGAAAGAUUUACUGGAUGUAAUAAAAUAAAUAUUCUGCCUGCACAAAUCCUCUCGUGCUUUCCCUCGCAGGUGCUGUUGUUUCACCCGAAGAAAGAAGCCACGGAAAGGCAAAAGAAGGAAAUGACAGGAGACCUCGGGGGAAGACGGAGCGCGCUAUAUCCCGCUGAAGGCUCUGGUAGAGGCUGGUGUAAGGAGAGACGUCACGUACCACCCCCUCAGGCUACCGAGGCCCUCCUCUGGCAUUAUCAAUCAGUCCUUCGAGUGAAACCAAAGACGCACAGCAUUUUCAGGCCAUACUUUGUGUGCAUGUUUCGUGUGCUGAGAGAGUAGUCCAGUGUGAUCUUUUUACAGUAUAUAAUUUUUUUUCCCACAAAAAAAAAGAACAGGUUUUUUUUUUUUCUUUCUUUUUACACAUUAUUUAAUUCAUGAGCCAAACAGCAAUAUUUUCAUGGGGAUAUAUAUCUUGAUUGAUGAAGAAUGCAUAUGAGGUGUUUUUCAUAUCUUUCACUGUUGUCAAACUGUUUCGUAACAAAUAUUUGACUUUAGAAGAUUAUUGUACCUUAAAAUUGUAAAAUGUGUUGGGUAUAAGAAAUUGUAACAAAUGGAAGAACUUUUGUUUUAGGUGAAAGGGAGUGGUAUUAUUUGAACAGAGAAUACAAAUUGUAUAUUAUAAAUGUGUGCAUGAAUGACAAUUACAUGUAUAUCCUGUGCCAUUUUGUUUUCUCUGAUGAUUCAAUCUCUAUAAACAAAACAAAAAUCUGACAAGUGUUUUUACCAUCUUGCCAGAUUGUGCAUUUUCAGAGAAGGUGAAAAAAAAAUAGAAGGGGAGAUAAUCUUGUAAGACAUAAUACAGAAAGAGAAGUAAUAGAGAGUGCUUGUAAACCUGAAUUUUCUUAGUGCCAAGUAACAUAACUGGUUCCUAAGAAGGAAUGAUCAGUUUUUGUUUCCUACUAUUUUAUUUGUUUUUAUUUGGAGGGGACCUUUCAUUUGUCUCCUGUAAAAAUGGCAGAUGUAUUAUAUGCUUUGUUAGAUGUAUAUAUAAUUGUUUUAUAUUUGAUACUAUGGUUCAUGAGUGGACAGUCAGAUUCCAGAAUUUGUAAUUCAUUGUGGAUUAUGUACACUUCAUCCUCUACCUGGCUAGUCUGUUAAUUAACAUGAACACUGUGUAAGACAAUAAAACUACUUCAUUAUGGCCCUGUCUCUCUUGUUACAUAAGUUACACUAGGUACGCUCAGCCCAUAGUACUACCAAAAAGCACUGUUGUAGCAACACAUUUCAUUGUACGAAAAUUUACUGGAAAAUAGUCGCAUGCUGCGCCUGAGGUCUUAAAAUUAAUUUUUUUUAACGUAUCAAAUUUACAAAUUGUUUUUCAAACAAAACAGAAUUUAUUUGUUUAGCAUAAGAUCAAGGUUUAUGUGCAGUAGGGAAGCCCACACUUUCAGGGGGAUUUUAGAAUUUGUAAUUUUGUACGUAAUUGAUUCAGACAAGAUGGAUGCUAUGUUGUCAUUAAAUUGAAUAGCAUAUUUAUCUUGUCAAAAUGGGCUUUCAUGUAUACAGAAUGAAAGAAAGCGAUUAGGAAAGGGUUUUAACAGAUGUUCAAUUCCAGAUCAACCAUAUUCAUUUCUUGAUGUCUUUAAUGAAAUCAGUGUAUGUAUUCACAUUCUGUCAUAUGAAGUAAAACUUAUAAUAGCUAGACAUGAGGAAUUUUCUUGAUGAAAAGUAUUAAGGUUGUUUGGUGCACAUGUGUUCAUGUCCAAAACAACAAUUUUGUAUCUUUAUUCAAUAGUUCUACUUUGAAUGAGCAGUAAUGACAAACUGGAUUUUUUUUGCACUAAAUCUGUAAAAAAUUAAUAUUCUAUUACACUGUGGACGAUUUAAACUUCAUGUGCAGAAUGCCAGAUCUCAGAAGGUAUUGUCAGUGUGUGUGAUAUUGUUUUUUAAUCAGUAUCCAUAUUUAAAGCAGGUAUAAUCAUUUGUGUCGAGGGGUGAGUGAUCUACACCAUUUGUCUGAUAAAAAAAAUUAUUGUACUAUCAGAAAUAAAUUUCAAAUCUACUGAA